CCUCCGUUCCUUAUUCCGGCCGUCCGCUUCCCUUUUCCCGCGACCAAAAAGGAGGUAAAUAAUAAAUCCGUCUUCUCUUCGCAGUCGUCGGUAAAUUGCCCUCUUCUUUUAUUUUUCCAUCUCUGGUCUUGUUUUUCGCGGGAAAUUGGUCGUCUCUCACAAUCCGCCCACGCUCCUUCGUCCCCCAACCCAUUGGGAUUGUUUUUCUCGCGCCCACCACAGCCACGGCAUCACGCUCCCCUCCGCCAAGGGCUUUCUCCUUUCUGAACUCGUCCGAAUCCACCGAAUUUUUCCAUCUUGUCCUCCCAUCUGUUGUAUCUCAGCGCAGCGCCUGCGUGCUAGUCCCGCUGUUGUUGUCAUCAUCCCGCGCCCACCACCCCGGUCCUGGCUGAUGGCCGGCAUCCUCCACUCAAGAUGAACUCCCUCAACAUGAUAACCUCCCGCGUCUCACCGCCGCCCAGCUCACCGCCGACGAGAUCCAAUAGCUUUGGCACAAUAGGCCUCAGCAUUACAGAGCAAGACGAAAAGGCCCACGCGCUUGGCGACGACGGCCUAGACAAUGACGCCGACUCCAUCAAUCAGGCUGUGUACGAUGACCACGACUAUGACGAGAAAUCGUCACCCUCCGAAACUACACCCCUCUUUGGCGGCCAUCCCUCACUCGAAAACAAAUCGUAUACUUGGGCCUCUCUUCCCAGACGAAUCAUAUCCAACUUUGUAAACUCCAUCCGCUGGGUCCUGGCCACGCUGGCUUCUCCUGGCGUCUAUCUUAUGGGCUGCUUCUACGACGAGGAUGGCAAAUUCGCUCCAAUGACGCAGCUUAAGAAGCUAUUUGGCGUCUAUCCUAACCGUUCUAGAAAAAACUCGGGACACCACCACGUGUACGGCAGCCAGGGCAAGCAUCGACGCGCCUCGGCUUCGCUUGGUUCAAAUCUCCCUGGAUCCAAUUCCAAAAUCCCCAAUUCCUCCUCCUCUAGUCUUGUCUCCGUUUCCGAAUCCGACUCCGAUGAAACACACUCUAUUAGAUCCCAGCACGCCCGAUCCCAGUCUCUACAAUCUACUACCGACGACGGAAACUCGUCGCGCCGCUCCAUCCGCAUCAAGCUCACCAACGACGACGCUGUCCGUCAGCGAAAGCAGCACCGCAAAACAGCAUCCACUGCCUCGCGCACCAAGGGCAGUGAAUUCGAUGAAGAGCUUUCUGCCCAUAUUAAAUCCCCGACUUCUCCCAUUGCCGCACUUACCAGGUACCCCAAGGCGCCUGCCCCCCCUAGACCUCUUAUUCCGCGACGCCAGCCAUCUUACCUGAACCUUGAGCCUUCUCGCAAGCACUUGAAAACGCUGAUUCUGGACCUUGACGAAACAUUGAUACAUAGCAUGUCCAAGGGUGGCCGAAGCAGCAGUGGGCACAUGGUGGAGGUCCGCCUCAAUGCUGCCUCCCUCGGUCUCGGCAGCGGUGGAGGUGCUCCCGCAACAGCUCAGCACCCAAUUCUGUACUGGGUGAACAAGCGACCUUAUUGCGACGAGUUUCUGCGCCGAAUCUGCAAGUGGUACAACCUGGUUGUCUUUACCGCCUCUGUCCAAGAAUAUGCCGAUCCCGUCAUUGACUGGCUGGAGUCUGAAAAGAAGUUCUUCUCUGCCCGCUACUACCGCCAGCAUUGCACCUUUAGACAAGGCGCCUAUAUUAAGGACUUGAGCUCAGUGGAGCCUGACUUGAGCAAAGUCAUGAUUUUAGACAACAGCCCACUGAGCUACCUCUUUCACGAAGAUAAUGCUAUUCCUAUCCAAGGCUGGAUCAACGACCCGACCGAUAACGAUUUGAUGCAUUUGGUUCCUCUCUUGGAAGGUCUGCAGUACGUCCACGAUGUGAGAGCCAUGCUUGCGCUGCGCGGCGGAGAGGAUGGAAGCGUUGCUGCGUAGGCGGGAGAAGGGGAAGAUGAAAAAUGCUGUUACCUACUACCUGUUAUGGGGCGUUUCUACAUUUUCUGCGUUUAUUCUUCGUCUUUUUUCUUUUACCACGUGCUCGCACGAAUCUCUCUAGCUGGCGUCAACCGCUGCUAGACACGGAGUUUGGGGGGACCAGGGCAGGCGAGCGAGCGAUCUAGCAUUCUCCGGAUCUGAGGCGGAAGCUUGUUUCUGGUGUUAUUUUGUAUCGCAUGGUAUCUCUAGUCAUAGCUAUGCAGCUGUUCUGUCUGGAGCGCUGCUUGACACAUACAUGACACUCGUCUUUUUGAGUUUUUGCUUGUGUCUUGCUGUUGGUUGUUCCACCGCAGGGGCUGCUUCCCCGCGGCACACAAGGCGACGGGCUGUAUUUGGCAAGGAUAUGGAGGAAAGGGAGUUUAAAGGGCUGGAGUUGAGAGGGUGUCUUUGUAUUAUAAUCUCACGGAGACGAUGUAAAUGUUAUUUGAAGUUGUUGAUGCUGUUGUACUUGCAUGCGGCCCAUUUGCGGAAUUGCCCACAUUGUACUUUUGUUCUUAUCUUGUAAUAAAAAUAAAUGCAACCAUUUCAUUUG